AUGAAGAUCCUCAAUCUCCUCACUGCUGCGCUUGCUGCGAUCCCGUCCGCCCUCGGCUCCCCUCUACGCCGUGACUUCAAUAUUUCUUCUUUCAAUCCGGGCCCAGUCUGCACGUCAACGCUUCCUGUGGUCAACAUCUCCGCUAGCAAUCCCCAGUUGGGCUUUGCAGAAUUCCUCUCCUCCGGAGCCCGAGCUCCAUGGCCGGUUGACGAUUCAGGCACCCGGACCGUGCGAUACUGCUACGUCGACAAGAAUGCGCAGACUGUCCUGGACGAGAGUUUCAAAGCUGCGCAAAAAAUCUGGAUCGAUGCUCUCGGAGGGCCCGCCGGCGCACAAUCCAGACACGGCCUUGCAUUCCGCGAAGUCAACGACGGGACCGGUGAACUGUACUGUUACAUCGGCUACCAGGACUUCAACAACAGGGGCAGCUGGAACAUCGCCGUGGAAGACGAUGUUCUUGCGAUCCACUUGAGCACAAAGAGAGAAAUGAAAUCCAUGGUUGGCUACCUCCCGGUGGAGAGGUGGUCCCUCGAUAUCGAGGGUCGACACUACAUGCUGCUUUCUCCGGUCCCGCCUGAUCAAACCUGGUAUACUGCACACGAGAUAGGGCACACGUUGGGAAUGAUACACGAGCACAGUCGCUGGGACCGCGAUUUCUACGUAUUCUAUGCCUGCAAAAACGUGCCCGGAUACGCCGAGGCGGUGGACAGAGCAAAGGCUGCCAACGAAUUUUUGCCCCACAACGCAGUAUGCAGCCAGCGCGAGGCCGCGCUGAAAUACGGCUUUCUCGCUGGCCUCGAUUUCAUCUACGGCGGGGGUGAAGCACCCUGGGACAUGACGGACGGCGACCCCGGCUUCGACCUGUCGUCAAUUAUGCUGUACGACUCGACGCAGUACUCACCUCCCGAGUGCAUGUACGGUUUCCACAGCCGUUGCGUUUUGAUGAAGUAUAAGACUGUCAAUGGCAUCAGGGUAACGGACGAGUUAGAGCCUAUCAUGUCGAAUAAAGUCCCUUCGGCUGCCGACGUCAUGUUCGUGAAGAGGUGGUACCCUUGGACUGGGGCUCCAAAUCCGCAACCGGGAAUGCCUGCAGGUACAUCUCCGGAAAAUGUGGAUUGA